AUGAGCUUGAAAGAAGUAUUCGAACAACAUCCAUGGAGGUCAUUUAAGAAGUUCAAUGAAGCUGCAAAGAGUUGGGGAUUUACUAACAGAGCUGAAGUGAAAAGGUUCUUUGACAAAAAUGUUGUACAUCAAACAAAAAUAAACCCUUACGACUACUUUUUACCAAUUUACUCCAACGCUCCUGACGCAUACCAAUUUGACACUCUCAUUCAAAGCAGAAAAGGAGGACAUAAACCAUUCCUCAUCUUCAUUAAUGUUAACACUCGUAAAGCAUAUGCAUAUCCAAUGAAAAAUAAAGGAACUCGUGAAGUGUUAAGAGUUUUACAAAAGUUUGUAGCAGAACAUAGCCCAAGUACUUUAACAUCAGACCAAGACAGUGCAUAC